CUCUGCCUCCCUCCAGAUUUGACCAUACCUCUACCUAACACUCUGGAUAGAACGAAACAGCUUAAAAGUGACUUGAAAAAAAAAAAAGGAUCGUGGUCUUCGUCUCCUCUUAGUUUUAUCCGUUACCGGAAAAUACCAAUAUCCGGCAGUACACUUCCCAAUUCGAAUUUCGAGCGCAGGGAACAGAACAAAGCAAUCAUCAUUCAUCACCUUCCAACGCCAGCGAGCCAGAAGAAGAACGCAUUAGGGUUUUUUGCGUGGCCGAGAGCGAAGGAGAGAAGAUGGCAGUGGGGAAGGAAGACGUGGAGAUCGUGAAGGCGCGCAUCGACAAGAGGGAUUACAGAAGAGUCGUGCUCCGCAAUUCGCUCCAAGUGCUCCUCAUUAGCGAUCCCGAUACCGAUAAGUGUGCUGCUUCAAUGGACGUUGGCGUCGGUUACUUCAGCGACCCUGCUGGCCUCGAAGGCCUCGCCCAUUUCCUCGAGCACAUGCUGUUUUAUGCGAGUGAAAAAUACCCAGUUGAAGAUAGCUACUCCAAGUAUAUUACUGAGCAUGGAGGAAGCACCAAUGCUUUUACAUCUUCUGAACACACCAACUAUUUUUUUGAUGUUAACACAGAUGGCUUUGAAGAGGCUCUGGACAGAUUCGCUCAGUUCUUCAAUAAACCAUUGAUGUCUGCCGAUGCCACUAUGAGGGAAAUUAAAGCUGUUGACUCUGAAAACCAGAAGAAUUUAUUAUCUGAUGCAUGGAGAAUGAACCAGCUUCAGAAACAUCUCAGUGAUGAAGAUCAUCCGUAUCAUAAAUUUAGUACAGGGAACUGGGACACUUUGGAAGUUAGACCAAAAGCAAAAGGAUUAGAUACAAGGAGCGAGCUUCUCAAAUUCUAUGAAGAAAACUAUUCUGCUAAUCUAAUGCAUCUAGUUAUAUACACAAAUGAAAGCCUUGAUAAAAUUCAAAACCUUGUAGAAGAAAAGUUCCAGGAUAUUAGAAACAUCAACAAAACUUGUUUCCGUGCUCGUGUUCAGCCGUGCAAAUCAGAGCAUUUGCAAAUUCUUGUCAGGACUGUCCCAAUAAAGCAAGGUCAUAAAUUGAGAAUUGUAUGGCCAGUAACCCCUGAAAUUCAUCAUUACACUGAAGGGCCAUGCAGGUAUCUUGGUCAUCUAAUUGGUCAUGAAGGAGAAGGGUCUUUAUAUUACAUCUUGAAAAAAUUGGGAUGGGCUACGGCCUUGUAUGCGGGCGAAUCAGAUUGGGGUUUGGACUUUUCUUUCUUUAAAGUUGUAAUUGAUCUUACUGAUGUUGGUCAUGAGCACAUACAAGAUAUCAUUGGGUUGUUGUUCAAAUACAUUGAGCUUCUACAACAGUCUGGUGUUUGCAAAUGGAUUUUUGAAGAGCUUUCAGCGGUUUGUGAGACCAAGUUUCAUUAUCAGGACAAAAUUCGUCCUAGUGAUUAUGCUGUUAAUAUUGCAUCAAAUAUGAAGUUUUAUCCUGUAAAAGAUUGGUUGACAGGAUCAUCCUUGCCUUCUAAAUUUAGCCCAAAUGUUAUCCAAAUGGUACUAGAUCAGCUUUCUCCAAACAAUGUUCGAAUCUUUUGGGAGUCUAAAAAAUUUGAAGGGCUUAUGGAUAAGGUAGAGCCAUGGUAUGGAACUGCAUAUUCCCUUGAAAAAAUCACUGGCUCUGCAAUUCAGGGGUGGGUGCUUUCUGCUCCAGAUGAAAAUAUGCAUCUUCCAGCUCCUAACAAAUUCAUUCCAACUGACUUGUCACUUAAAAUUGUGCAAGAAAAAGUAAAGUUUCCAGUUUUGUUAAGCAGGUCUACUUAUUCAGCCUUAUGGUAUAAGCCAGAUACAUUGUUUUCUACACCCAAGGCUUAUGUAAAGAUUGAUUUCAAUUGCCCAUAUUCUGGAAACUCUCCUGAGGCUGAAGUUUUGACGCAUAUUUUCACAGAGUUAUUGAUGGAUUACUUGAAUGAAUAUGCUUAUUAUGCUCAGGUUGCUGGUUUAUAUUACAGCAUAAAUCAAACAGAUGGUGGUUUCCAGAUGACUCUCCGUGGUUACAAUCACAAGUUAAGGAUUCUACUUGAAACUAUAGUUGAAAAGAUUGUGACAUUUGAAGUGAAAACUGACAGGUUUUCAGUUAUCAAGGAAAUGGUAACCAAAGAAUACCAGAAUUUGAAGUACCAACAACCUUAUCAGCAGGCUAUGUACUAUUGCUCUUUGAUUUUACAAGAUCAAACCUGGCCUUGGAUAGAACAGCUAGACAUACUUCCUGCUCUUCAAGUUGAAGAUCUUGCUAAAUUUGUACCAGCAAUGCUCUCCAGGACCUUUUUAGAGUUUUAUAUAGCAGGGAACAUUGAAAGCCAUGAAGCACAGUCAAUUGUUAAGCACAUAGAAGAUGUUCUCUUUAAUUUUUCAAAACCUCUGUGCAAGCCUUUAUUCUCAUCUCAACAUUUGGAAAAUCGGGUUGUUAAACUUGAAAGUGGCAUGAAUUACUUCUACCCUUCAGAAUGUCUUAAUCCUGAAGAUGAGAAUUCUGCUCUUGUGCACUAUAUACAGGUUGGGCGAGAUGACUUUAAGCUGAAUGUUAAACUUCAGCUUUUUGCCCUUGUUGCAAAGCAACCAACCUUUCAUCAGCUACGAUCAGUUGAGCAGCUGGGGUACAUUACUGUGCUCAUGCAGAGGAAUGAUUGUGGCAUACGUGGACUACAGUUUAUUAUCCAAUCCACAGUAAAGUCUCCUGGUAACAUUGAGCAAAGGGUCGAGGCAUUUCUCCAAAUGUUUGAGACCAAACUCCACGAGAUGACAAUUGAUGAAUUCAAGAGUAAUGUAAAUGCUUUGAUAGAUGUGAAGCUAGAGAAACACAAAAAUUUGAGGGAAGAGUCAUCAUUUUUCUGGCGAGAGAUUAAUGAUGGUACUUUGAGGUUUGAUAGGACAGACUAUGAGGUUGAAGCAUUAAGGCAGCUCACUCUUCAAGAAUUGAUAGAUUUCUUCAAUGAAUAUGUCAAAGUUGGUGCACCUCGAAAGAAAACUUUAAGUGUACGAGUACAUGGGAACCGUCAUUCAUCUGAAUACAAAACGGAAGCCUCAGAACCACACUUGGCUAAAAUAGACAAUAUCUUUACUUUUAGAAGAUCACAGGCUCUUUAUGGUUCAUUUAAAGGACUUUCUGGGCAGAUGAAAUUAUAGCUAGUGCAUCCUCCAGGUUUAUAAACUUCCACACGUUACAGAAAUAAUUUAAAUGAAAUAUCACCUGUAAUAUUGGGCACUCUCAUAAUAGCUUGGACAAAAUGUUCCCUUUUCAGUUCAUGGACGUGCUAAGUGCUAUUCAUCUGGAUUUGAAAUGAGUGAUAACUUACAUGAGCAGAAUUAUAUGAAUCUCAUUUCUGGUAUGAGUGGCUUAUCAAAUCAUUUUGUAAUAUUAUAUAAUCGUUAUACGGUUAUAAACACUUUUAUUUGCUCUAUAUGCACCGACUUACUGUGAUUUACAAGUUAAAAAUCAGUUUAGACAAUUAUGAGGGCCAUGUAAUAAAGAAUGCCAAACAUUUCUGUAAGAUUUUGUAUUUAUAUUUUUUUUUACAUGCUUUUCUGAGCAA